GCCCUGGAUUCCAAGAACUUCCACUUGGUGAUCAGCCCUGAACACAGAUCGCCAACCAUGGAGUUGGGGCUGAGCUGGGUUUUCCUUGUUGCUAUUUUAGAAGGUGUCCAGUGUGAGGUGCAGCUGGUGGAGUCUGGGGGAGGCUUGGUACAGCCUGGCCGGUCCCUGAGACCCUCCUGUGCAGCCUCUGGAUUCACUUUCAGUAGCUAUGGCAUGCACUGGGUCCGCCAGGCUCCGGAAGAGGGGCUGGUGUGGGUUUCAUACAUUGGUAGUAGUACCAUGUACUACGCAGACUCCGUGAAGGGCCGAUUCACCAUCUCCAGAGACAAUGCCAAGAACUCGCUGUAUCUGCAAAUGAACAGCCUGAGAGCCGAGGACACGGCUGUGUAUUACUGUGCCCAGGUCACCUUGAAGGAGUCUGAUCCUGCGCUAGUGAAACCCACACAGACCCUCACGCUGACCUGCACCUUCUCUGGGUUCUCACUCAGCACUUCUGGAAUGGGUGUGGACGGGAUCCGUCAGCCCCCAGGGAAGGCCCUGGAGUGGCUUGCACGCAUUGAUUGGGAUGAUGAUAAAUACUACAGCCCAUCGCUGAAGAGCAGGCUCACCAUCUCCAAGGACACCUCCAAGAACCAGGUUGUCCUUACAAUGACCAACAUGGACCCUGUGGACACAGCCACAUAUUACUGUGCACGGAGACCACAGAGACACAGCUCAGGGCGCCUCCUGUACAAGAACCCAGGCUGCUUCUUAUUGGUGCUCCCUCCCCACCAAUGCAGAACAGGAAAGUGCGGCUGA